AUGAACUUCUCAAAGCUCUCGCUCGUCGAUCAGCUCAGUCGAGUCAUUCGAGUCGUCCGAGAUCCCCCCACACACACGUUCGACCGUUGGUGGGAUGCAUCACGGAAAUUCUUCUUCACCCUCGCCUUCAUCGCCCUCGUCUGGGCCAAACUCUCACAUAUUUAUGCCCAUCUCCACUCAUUACCUCCGUCCAAGUUGAUUCUGUGGGGUCCGACCUUCUUUUUCCAGGAUGUCAUCUUCAUCUUCCUCGUCCGUCUCUUCACCCAGACCAUUGCCUGGCGACCUGGCGCUGUUCUCGCUGCAGUAUGCACUGUGCCAUUCAGUCUGCUGAUGUCUGGCAUGGCAUCUUCCGCUACCUCCUUCUACAUCGUGACCGGCGCCGAGAUUCACUGGCGACAGAUCCGGACAUUUCAUGGCGACGCUGCUGCCUUUCGAACACUACUCACUGGCUUAACAGGGUUUCUGAUUGUGGAGGCCAUCAUCCUUGCCGCCUCCUGGUUUCUGGCUGCACCCAUCCACCGAUUCACCGGGGGUGUCUUGCGGAUCUUGGGGGCGCCCUUGCAGAGGUUGGCGCAACGCAUCUGGCGCCUUCGCUGUCCGCAGUGGCGGAGGAAGACCAGUCCCAUGGAUCCCGAGCGAUAUGAACAGAUUGCGGUCGAUGAUUACCUGGACGACAAGAGCGAGGACGGAGACUCGGUGUUUCUUCUAGACCCCACGAAUCACGAGACCCCCGUGCGACAUCACGAAUCGCUUCUGAAACGCCUGGCCGUCUUCGUCUUCUUCGGCGCGUUUGUGCUCCUGCGGUGCAUUCGCCCGCCCAAUCCUUCGUACAUGGUCCUGUCCGGGGCGCUUCCCGUCGUCCCAUUCUCCCCAGCGAACCGCCGCUUGUCUCCCGUCGAUGCCGACGGGAUGCCUGGAGACUACCACUGGCUGGAGGAUCGCUCGGCGCUCGAUAAGCCGCCAGCCUGGGAUUGGCUCCCGAGCGAUCCGAUAGCCGGCUUCGAGGAUUGGUAUCCGGGCUUUGAUGACCAUCACGGACCACACCAUCGUCGUCGUCCUCCGCCGCUGCAUUACAAUCCCGCCGAGGAUCCGUUGCACAUCUCGAACCUACAGAAUCCCAUCCUGGAUCCCCUGAGGGAAGCGUUCGCCAGCGGUAACGUCAGCAUCAAACACGUCAUCCUGCUCAAAUUAGAGAGCACACGAGCGGAUGUCUUCCCGCUCCGCAAGAACUCAUUUAUGUGGAAUCGCAUCGCUGACUCCCAUCCUAACCACACCAUCCCCGAUUCAAUCCAGCACAAACUGGCCAACCUGACCCGAACAGCGGAAUAUCUCACUGGGUUCGCUUCGGGCUUUUGGCGAGACGAGACUGCACAUCAUGGCAGGAAAGCUUACGGCGGCAUCAGCGCCCGCAACGCCUUCACCACCGGCACGUACACGCUCAAGAGCCUUGUCGGAACCGUCUGCGGCGUGACUCCACUAGUGACCGAUUUCAAUCGCGAGUACAAGCAUCACAUCUACCAACCUUGCAUGCCGCAUGUCCUCAACGCCCUCAACCGUCAGAUUGACGGUGUGAACACGACCCAGGAUUUCACCUCUUGGCCCUGGCACUCCAAGUGGAUGCAGUCCGUGACCGAGGGCUACGACAAGCAGGACCAGCUGACUCCGCGACUGGGUUUCAAGGACAUUCUCACCAAGGAGCAGCUGGAAGACCCCAGCGCCAAGCAUUAUCCGGUCCAGUCCAAGGAGAUCAACUACUACGGAUACGCCGACACCGAGCUCCGCGAGUACUUCCGCGAUGCGAUCGAUGACGCCGAGCGGGAGCACAAGCGACUGUUCAUCACCCAUCUCACCGGUACUACCCACCAUCCGUGGGGCAUGCCGAACAACACGUACCAGCAGUUCAUGGGCAAGGAGAACUUCCGGUCCAAGGACGAUCUCAACAAGUAUCUGAACACCAUCGGUUUCAUCGAUGACUGGCUGGCGGAGAUCAUGGACAUUCUCCGGGAGAAAGGCGUUGCGGACGAGACGCUGCUUGUCAUGGCCGGGGACCAUGGAUUAUCUCUUCCCAACGACGGGGGCGUCACCCCCUACGACAAUCCGCAUAUCGGCAGCUUCCAGGUUCCCAUUGUGUUUGCUCACCCCAAACUCCCGCCCGUCGAGAUUACUUCGCCUGUGAUCUCGGACCAGAUCGUGCCGACGAUCCUGGAUCUACUGAUUGAGACCUCCUCACUGGAAGAAAAGGCCACGCGUGCGGCCAAGGACAUGCUGUCCAUCUAUGAAGGCCAGUCGAUGAUUCGGCCCUUGAUCCAAGAGCAGGAUGGCAGGCAAGAUUGGCAGUUCACUGUCAUGAACACGGGCGGUUCCUGGCUGGCAGUGCGCUCCGCCGCCAAACCAGCCUACCGGCUCGUAAUCCCCCUCAUCGACGAUCUCGAGUGGCGGUUCACGGAUCUGAAAAAGGAUCCCAACGAACUCCACCCGAUCAAGAACUUUGACCUGGUUGAUCUGGCCGAGAAACUCCACAACGAGUACGGCUCGGAAGUGACCGACUGGGUCCGGGAUGCAGCCCAUGUUGCCUCGUGGUGGGUGGGAGAGAACUGGCGUCGCUACCGGUAUCAUCCCAAGCCACCCAAGCGAUGA